CUCCUUUACCUUCCACAGACCUACACGUAGCUUCCACCAACAUCAUGAAUUCUCGCGUGUUCUUGGGUCUCCUCCUGUGCGGCCUCUGGGCCUCCUCCGAGUCUCUCGUCCUUUUGGGAACCACCGCCGCCCUCGGUACUGUCGCCGCCACCACAGUUACCGCUUCUGCAGCGGCAGCUUUGGGCGUGGGGGCGCUGGCGGUGCUCAAGGGAGUGCUCGUAGGGAAGCAUCUGAAGCGCCGCCGUUACGGAAGGGACGUCGAUUCUGUGGAAGAUGUUGCUGAAGACGAUGCAGAAGACGUUGCAGUUAAAGUUGCCGUAGCCCAGCAAAUUGAUUCAGCUGGUUGCGUGGCCAAGCUCUUGUGCGAAAUUGAGGCCAUGUCCGCUGACCAACUGACUCCUUCUAUGGCCUCAUUCAAGACUGCUUUCGAGAACAACGACAAACUCAAGACCGCUCGAGGCGUGUACGAUCUGGCCAUCAAUUUCGGAUCCAAGUUCGCCAAGAAGGACUCGAAGGCCUGCAGCGUCCUCUUCGACAAGUGCGUCCUCUCCAGGGAGGACCUCUCCUUCAUGCUGGAUUCCACCUUCUCUUGCCAGCCUUAAAGGCCUUUUCACAUACACUCUCAUGAGUUUCCUCCGUGCGCCGACAUAGCACUGUCUUCAUGGUAGCUGUCAGACAUAUGACUGACUGGACCUCAUCACUAAAGCUUUCACUGAAAUCCCUUAGAUUGCAUUCAUCUAUUUAUUUACACAUUUUGUACGAAAUAAAACAAAUAACCGC